AUGAAAGAUUGUGGUCCAGGAGAAAUCUGUAUAUGUGCGAAAUAUCGUUUUAAAUGUACAAAAGAUGAUCAAGCUUGUAGUAAACAGGAACAAUCAGCAGAAAUUACAAAAUGGGCAUAUAUCGUGACGUCUAAAAGCGUAUGCUCAGCAUUACAAAAUCCAAUGAGUGGUGCUUCUCAUGUGAAAUGUUGCUCAACUAAUCGAUGCAAUCAACCUGAUAAUGGCAAAUGUUCAUGGUCUCAAAGUCGUCGUCGAGCUCUACGAAAAUUUACUGAUUUACUCGAUUUUUAA